AUGUGCAUCCCCGCUUGCAGCUAUUUUUUCGUGGCUCCAAAGCCAGACCCAGUACAAGAACGGCAGAACCAAUUUUCGGAUUUGGACGGCAACCAUUACUGCAAAUUAACGGAGGAUAAAUGGACAGAAUCACGCACCAAAUCCAAGAGCAUCUUGACCUUGCUAACUCUGCCAAUCGCCGCGGUACCCAUCGCGCAUCUCGUGUUGUUGUUUAUCCUCUGGCGGGAUGUGUCAAAUAACCCUUCGAGCUACAAAGGCUCGGCGCUGCCGAUCUACUUCAUAGUGGGAUGCAUAAUUGUGCUAAUGGCGCAAGCGUUGCUCACUUUUGCCGGUGUCUAUUCUCGUCGCUAUGGUCUUCUAAUCAUUGCCCGUGUUUUGGCGCUUUUCCUCAGCAUUCUCUAUCUUUUGCUCGCUGUGUCUUCCAUUAUGUCGUUGGAUUUUCUGGAUGUCGGCGUCGGAGUGAUAAUGUUCGCCUGGUUGUGGUUGAUCAUCGUUCUGCUGCAGCGGCAUAUAAAGAGAAUGGUGUCUUGUCCAACAUGUUAU